AUGGGCCGGCCCAUAAAUCUGUGGUCGGGCAAAGAGGCCAGCGUGGUAUGUUUUGUCGAGGAAGGCUUCGGAACCCCGAAGAUACACGAAGUCGAUGCCCUGGUACCUGAGGUAUUGGACAAUGACGCGGGGAAGUGCAUGCAUUGUACCUUGCCACAGCCCACAACCCACUGCGGGGAGGAAGCCGAGGGCCCCUCUGUCGACUGGAGACCUGUUGCGCAAUUCCCUGUUCCUGUUCCUGUUCCUGUUCCUAUUCCAUAUCCCACGUCUCUAGUUGGCACCACCACUUUCCCGACACAAUACAAGGAGCAGAAGACCAGGGCUCUACAGAAAGAAGAAAAGAACGAGAGAUUUUAA